GAUGUGAACUCUCCAGAUGUUUUUGAAUCAGAUGAUCUCCCAGAAGCUGAUCGAAAUAUACCCCCUGCUGAAGAUCCCUCCAGUGACAGUGUUGAGCGCAUUUCUAUCAACACCAAUGCUGCUUUUGAAACUUUCAAGAGCAAGUCAGUUUCUACUGGAAAGACAGAUUUCUCAGACAGUGUUGGCAAGAUGAGGACCAUUGGAUACUUUGGUGACAGCACAUUGCAGGAGUUUGAUGGUUCCAAAAGUGAAAGCCCACAGAAAAAGUUUCAGCGACUACAGCAAGAGUUGCGGGACCUGGCCGAAGAGGUUGGAAAGUUGAAGGAGAAUGUAACAGAUGCUGGCUCUGGUGAGUCUGUGUCUCCAGUGGCCAUGGGAAAGCAGCUAGAAUACCUCCAGCACCAACUGACAGAGCUACACCUGGAGAAGGUGCUAGGUCCUGAAGCUUCUGUGGAUUUGGCUGACCCACAGGGACUGUUGAGAAGACGACUGUUGACAGAAUUGGAUAGUUUGAAGCCCGUACUUGAGAAGGGCAAGAGCAAAGAGGAUGCAGGUCGGGAUGCCAAGAGUCAUGUUUUGUAUGAACUUUACCACAGACCUGAGCAUGCUCAGUUCAGUAAAAAUGCCAAGGUGGCCAUGCUGGAAGAGAGACUUGAGCGACUGGAGAAUGUUGUAGGCCGGAACUUCGACAAGAUGAGUUCAUUGACCUCAGAUACUCAGAACAAGUCUUUGCUUGGGGCGGUGGCAGUCUUGAACUCUAAGCUGUCGCUGCUGGAUUCUGUCAGCACCGAGUCUGUGGAAGCUCGACUCAAUGUGGUCUUACAAAAAAUGCAACAGAUUGGAGAGAGGAAGGAGAAGGAGGCACAAGUUGAUCUGGACAAGCAGAAACAGAUCUCUGACCUGUAUGAUCUUGUCAAGAAAUGGGAAUCCACAGCUGAGACCUUGCCACAAAUUGUGGACAGACUUCUGUCAUUGAAAGAGUUACAUGAACAAGCCUUGCAGUUCAGCCAGGCUUUGUCCUAUCUGGACACAACGCAGCAGGAGGUUUGUUCAAGCAUCACCGGCCACAGUGACAUGCUGAAGCAGAUGCAGUCCAGUCUUGUGGAAAACAACCAGAGAAUUCAGCAGAAUGUGCAGAGUAUAGAUAAGAGACUGAAAGCCUUGGAGAAGUCAUAG